UAACUGAUAAUCAGAAUGUGUGAGCAAAUUAAGAAUAUAAAACAGUGUUAUAAAUGCUUAGAAUACGUGAACUAUAAGGAAAUAGGUAAAUGAGCAUUUAAUUCUCAUAAGUUGAGAUCCAGACAGCCAGUGGGAAGAUAAAUUGCUUUCAUAUUGCUAACAAAAAUGUCAGCAACUUGUUACGCAUCUAAGCCCUUAUAGAAAUGUAAGCGAAAUAAUUACUAUUAAAUUACUGCAGAUACAUCAGUAAUUUCUAAUAAUUCAAUUACUGAACUCUAGUAAUUGUUCAAUACCUUCUUCGUUCCCAGUCGUCACAUUUCUGUAAGGGAGACCAUUGAGCUAUUGUUUGUUAGCAGUUGUCGGAAAUAAAACGUUUGCAUGAUUCAAACAUUGCUAGCAUUAGGUGCUUGAGUAGAUAACAGAUGUAACAUGUUAACAUUUGUGUUAGGAAAUUGAAAACAUUAUAUGCUAAUUCUUUGUUAAUAGUAUGCCCAUUCGAUGUGUUCUCAUCUCUUUAAUUGUGCACUUAACUGCAAUAUGUCAAAAUUGUGCUAGCUCUACUUAAACCACUUAAACAUUGAAUUCAUUCCCAGCACAGUUCUAGUUCCAUACUUGCUUGAGAGUAUUUAUAGAAAGAAAAAUGCAACAGCUGGAUCUAUCUCUGUGUUGUUUUAUUUUCUUUUUACAUUUAUAGAUUCUUGCAGACGGUGUCAAUAAUAGAAAAGAAUUGCAUUCUUUUCAAGUGUGCUUGUGAUCAUGUAGAUCAAGUUAUUACUCUUCUCAAUAACUUGAAUAACAUCGGUGUGCAAUUGACGUUUGACAGUGAUUCAUGCACUGAAAGUGAAGUUAUAACUAUAAUAAAUAUAAUGUCUAUUUUAUGUGGUGAAAACUAUGAGAUUACAUUUUUCUUGAGAAAUGCUCUCAUCGCUGGUUCUAGGCUGGAAUAUGUAUACUCAAAAUAUGGACACUUAGUUACAGAUUACGUCUCCAAAAUGAUUUUGUUUGAAGAUUCAGACUUAUAUGCAGUUAUUAGCUACUUAAGGAUUACGCCUUGUCUUUUGUUAAAUAUAAAUAAGAUUUUCAUCCGAGAAUCAAUAAGACAGAAAUUUUUAUGGCUCAUAGAAAAGUAUUUAAAAAAUAUUGCAUGCUCGAAAUUGCCCAUUUCUAUAUUUCAUACGGAGAAAGAAUUAUACGAAGAAUUCGCAAGAAGAAAGAUGGGUCCCGUAUGUUCUGAAAAACUACAUAUGGUGUCUAUAUGGUCGCAAGAUGUUGUAUUUGCGAAAGUAUUAGCAACGAAGUUACACACCGAUAUUACAUUCAUAAAUGCAUAUUUCGAGUUUCCCUCGAAUAUGAUGUUUUUUGACAAAUGGAUGGGUAGUACUAUUGCCGAAAAUGACGACAUAUGGGGAUAUGUUAAGUUCUGUGAUUUAUAUGAGAACACUUGCCUUGGGAAAACUAAAGACAAAAUAAAUCUAAACAAAUAUGCAGGUUCAGUCUACAAUCUUUUUUAUAAUGACACAUGGCAAAAGCCUGCGAUGGAUACAUAUUGGAUACAUAAUGGCAAAGCAUAUGCAGACGGAAUAAAGCAAGAUUUGAUGGAAUGCGUAAAAUCAGCCGAGGCAGCAUUCGAAACUUGGAAUAGUUUGCCUAUUGUUUCUAGAAAAAAAAAAUUGGAGAAUCUUGCGUCUAUAUUACAAUGCAAUGGGAAAUUUCAAUUGGCGAAUACAAUGUUAGAUUGGAUAAAAUUAUCAAAUAUUGAAAGCCAAUUACUAUGUCAAGAUGGCAGAUUAGAGUUAAUCGCCUUUAAUAUGCCAAAAGGCAUUGUUCCUAUUCUUUAUUCAGAUGAAGUUAAAGCGUUUUGUCAUCUGACAUUGGCUUUAAUUGUUGGCAAUUGUGUCAUUGUGAUAUGUAAUAAAAAUUCGUGUACUUUGCCAUCAUAUUUCAACAUGUUUUCAACAGCCGAGGUACCACCAGGCGUUGUAAAUUUGUUUUUAAGUAAAGAAUUUUGUCAGCAUUUUAAGGAGUGCUGUUAUGAACCAAAGGAUGCACACAACUAUGUGAACACAAUUUGUACUUCUAAAAAUUAUAUUAUUACUCCCUUUUAAAUAAUUUUAAUAACGUACUGCAUGCUUUAUAAUAUUUAUCUAUAUGACAUAUACAAGUAAAUGAACGCAUUCAUGUAUUUAUUUGGAUGUUAUGACUUUGUA